UAUAUAUAUACAUGUGAUACAAAGGGUCUCUGGUCAAACAAACAACAAAUGAAUCAACAACAGACGAAGUAACAGUUUGUAAGGGGAGACAUUCAUACAUGUAUGUGUCCGUCAAAAGUAUCCACGAAACUUUCAAAGUGCUUCAGUUGUCAUGACAACCUCCCGUUCGGUGGGCACGUGCCAACGCGGUGGCUAAUUAGCGCCCAGGUGUGCAGCAAGGAAACGAAGUACAAGAACGCCGCUGCUGUUCGGCCAGUCCCGGUGUUUAGGUGCAAAGACAAACUCGUGUCGGCGAUGCAUUUAACACAAAACGGAUUCUGCUUCGGUGUCCUUCUCAUUCACGUCGUGACGACCUUAACUUUACCGUCGGCGGCCCGGUGUGAGCCCGCCGACCCUGUGCCCGCUCGACUCGCAAACAGAGACGGGACACGGGCUUCGGCGAGGCCCGAGCAACGACUCGGCCCCAGGACGGCGUCCUCUCGCGGGGACGACCUCCUCAAGAGCCGCCUCGGAGCGAGGCGAGGCGACGGGCAGCGGGCGUAUUCCUCGUCCGUCCCCUCGGAGGAGGACUGUGUCGGAGGACACGUGCAGCUUGCGACCAAGGGCAAGUUUUACGUCGUCGGCCAGCUCCAGCCGAACGUGCCCGGUGCGGGCUACCAGUCCGACUCGGCCUCGUCAGCAGUCCAAGCGAAGGUCAGAGGUCAGUGGCUCAGCGGCUCGGAGGAGAGCUGGCAGAAGCUGCAGCCUGUGGUGGAGUGCGGCGACGACGCCAUGAGCCUCGUCGUCCGGAGGAGACGAGCUGGACAUCUGCUGCUGGCUCGAGUGAAUGAGUCAUCCGUGCCUCUGUCCCAGCUGCCACCUCUGUGUGGUUACUCUGUCCAGACCACAUGGAGAGACCUCAGUCUGAUGGCUCAAUAUGAUGCCUGCCAUGUCACACAGGAGGAUGAGAGCUACGUGCUGCCUCUGCUGUGGAGGGGGACUCCAGUCAAGAUGUCCUGUCCAGUCCCUCAGGCACAGCCUCGUGCCAUGGACCUGCCCUCCAUGUGCUGCUCCCUUUAUGGUAUGGCAGUCAAAGUCCAGGGCCUGUCUCCUGCAGAGGAGUUGAGGAUAAAUGUGAGAGGAGAGUGGACCCCUCUGGUGUUGAUAGCCGAGCAGUGUGGCUACACCUUGGACAUGCAAGGUGCAGAGAUUGUAAUUACUGCUCCAUAUCUAACAUGUGGCAUGUCAGUAAAGGAUGAAAAAUACAUACUUUAUCUUCAAAUAGGAGAAAAAACAUUCACACUGUCCUGUCCUGUCUCCCCCACUGAAGAACUGCCUCUUGUCAACAGGCCUCAUCAUCUCAGCUGGGGGCCAGCGGGGCCUAUACCAGAAACCCUGGAGCCUUUCCCAUGGGCCACACCUUUUUACCUGGCCCCACCUUACUAUCCCCACCCCACAUAUCAUCACACAUAUCAAAGACCUGAUGUUCAUGAUGCACAUAACCCUAUUGCUCCCUCAUCUUUGACUCCUGACCUUACAUUUGGUCCACAGCCUGUUGAUUCCCAGCCAGUCUAUCCAGAAUACUACUCCAACCAAAUCUCUGUCGAAAAGUCCAAUAAUCAAUACGACGUACGCAAUUCUCUGUCAUCUACAGAUGAAGUGGAACAUCUGAUGUUUCCAGAUCCACAACAAAAACAGGGUCCUCCUGAGGAGCACAGUGCUGCACACUCUCCCUCCUCAGCUGCAGGUUCUUCAGUUCAAGUUGAAGCACCUUCUCCCCAUCCUCCUAGCCAUGCCUUCAAUCCAUACUACCACUACUACCAUCACCCAAAAAUCCCCCUCCCUGGGCCACCUCAAGACCCUGAUCCACGCCCUGAGGAGAAACAGUCUUCAACUAAUUCUCAUACCUAUGAUUUUUCAGCGUUGCCCCCCGAUAUCCAGCAGUCCGAUGCCAACUCUGACCGGUUCCCUCAGCCUGCGCCUGAGGCUGACUCUCCCCCUCACAUCCCUCCAACAAGUCCUGAAGUUGCUGCCAACCCCCCUGCACCUUAUGCACAGCCGUAUCCAUACCACUACUUCUAUUACUUUCCACAUAUGGCGAGGGGUGAGGCAAAAAGGUUAACUCCUCUGCAUCACGACAUGGCGGCAAAAAUUAAUUUACCUGAUCAUGCAUCAGUGCUUCCAGUCCAUGAAGAAUACAAUGUGAAUUCUAACAUGGAUCAGCCAAACGUAGAUGAAAUGAUAAACACUGAAAAAUACAAAUACAAUCCACUUUUGACUGAAGAGGAUGAUAAAAAACCACAGCUGAAUGACAAAGAGAGACGCUCCACACCUGUGAUUCCUGCAGUUCAACCUCCCCUCCCACCUGGUUACCCUCCAGAACCAGACCCAGUUGAGGUUCCUCCAUCCAACCAUAAUCCCCCUCCUUACCCAUACUUCUACCACCCUUACUAUCACUACUAUCAGAUGUAUUAUGGACCUGAAAGUUUACAGAGCACUGACGAACAUUUUACUUCAUCCAAAGAAGCUUCAGACCCUCUGCUCCAAGCGUCUUCCUCUCCGGUGCCGCAUCCAUCCCAUCACAAACAUCAAACCACUACGUCACCCACAGAAUCAACUUAUGAUGGUAAACAUGGCCCCCUACAUCCUUACUACUACUAUUACCACCUCCUCUACCAGCCCGAGGUGUCCAAAGACGACCAGGAACUAAAUCCUGAACGCAGCGUGGACUCUGAAAAACCAUCCUCAGAGUCUCAACUUCCCUCUGACUCUGACCACCACAGGAUGGGUUUACUUGCUCAUGAUGCUGAAGCAGGAGAUCCCAGCAUCCCUCAGCCCGCGCACAAUCCCUCCCAUAGUUUGUAUUCCCAUUAUGUGGCUCUACAUCAUCCACAUGAUGUUUCAAGGCAUCCUGGUGGAGAGGACGCAGAAGACAGGACGGAUAAUGAAAUGAGAGACUGUACAAUGGGACAGCAUUUUGUCCUGGUGGUGCCUGACUCUGCGUUGGACCCCUCCAAGGCCCCUCAUCCCCCUGAGGAUGGUAAGGUCUCCUGCAUUUUACGGAGGCUGACCUCUGACCCUGACAUCUACAUUAUGCCCCUGGAUGGCUGUGGAGUAAACCAACACGUGUUUCAUCAUCUGUUGGAAGGCCAGGGCAUUCAUUCUCUUCAACAAGACCACAAUUCAGUGCAUGAUGGCUCUCCUGUCAGUUCCUCCCCAGGAUCUCCAGGUGAAGGGAGCCUCCGUGUGAUGGAUCAACCUCCUCCACCCCCCGUUCAGACGACACCAGCCACUGUCACAGUGCAGCUGAGAAUUGCAAAAGACGAGUCCUUUACCAGCUUCCACCCUGAGGCUCCCCUGCCUCUCGGUCUCAUACGAGGCCGACCACUUUAUUUGGAGGUGAGCCUGCCGGACCCCCCCGAGGCAGACCUGGUGCUGCUGGUUCAUUCCUGCAUGGCUUACGCUCAAACUCCAUAUACCAGCUGGAUGCUAAUUUAUGAGGGCUGCCCCAGCCGGUAUGAUUCACAGCUGCUUCCUUCCCCUGACCCCCACCAUGUCCGGAGGAUCAUGAUCUCCAACUUCCUGUCCCUGCCCUCACAAAGCCCCUCUUACAAGGCUAAAGGAGAAUACUCUCUCCUGGACGAUCCAGAGAUCUACUUUAUGUGCAUGACUGUAGUGUGCUCGGCUGCAGACGGUGACUGCACUGUUGGCUGCAUCAACAGUAAGUUUAACAUGGCAGAAAUGUACAAGAGGAACUGGGAACAGUAGGUCAUCAUGAGGCAAACAGGAUUCUUUUAUAUUUUUUGAAAAUAUAUGCAUUAUAAUUGGAACCCAUCUAGGUCAGAGAUUUGAGGUCGAAUCUCCCCACAAAUAAUAUCAAUUAAUCUGUUUAUCCUUCCUUUCAAUGCAUUCAAUAUAUUUAGGCUACACAAUUUUCUACCCCAUUAUCCAAUAAGUCAAUAUAUUUGUGUUUGCAUUUAAGGAGAGUGUUAGUAACGGGGCACAGCUAAGAGUACAACCACAAAUAAUGCCAAAGAAGGUAAAAUAGGAUUUUUCUGGUUGCCCUCUCACUCGGGGCAGGGUGUCGGUCUUGAGGACUUGUAAAUCACAUUAACGUUUUUUUUUCCUCCUAGGUCCCAACGCUGGCACAUGAGCAAUGAAAUAAAGACCCUUUUACAAA